AUGGAUUUAGUCACUCACGAUUCGAAGCAUAUAGAAUAUAACCCAGAUUGUCCAUUAGCGAGAGGAUUUGUCUUCCAGAUCUGGUAUCCGUUUAUGGUCGAAGACUAUCCAUGGAUUUGCUCUUUAUUUGACGUCGUAACAGUAUUUAUAGGGAUGAUACUGUUCUGUUACUACAAGAUAAUACCAAUGUCUUUGAUACUGUUUCUUCUGGGUCAAAUUACUUUACUAAAACAUGAUAUAAGACAGCUGAAUAUAGAAAAUAUCUCCAAUGUUUGUGGUCUUAAAAAAUCUGGUGAAAAUAAAUUGAAAGAUUGUGUAAAAUCUCAUCAGCUGAUUAUAAGACUUAUGAACUGGAUUCAACAUUCUCUAAAGGAAAUCAUUUUGAUACAGUAUGUCAGCUAUGUAUUAGAUACAGCAGCUUUUAUGAUACCAACGUUGACAAGCAAAUCAAUAGCUGAUGUAAUAUAUAAUAGCGUAAUGUGGGUUGAUGCAAAUGAGAGCGACAAAAAAGUGCUGUUACUGAUGAUGCUAAGAUCACAACAAAAGUUAGCAUUGAAAUCAACUGCAUUGGGAGAGAUGUCGCUUAUUUGUUUUACAAAGAUCAUGAAACUAUGUUAUACAGUUUGCACAUUUUUUACCACGAUGUAUGACAAGUAA